AUGGAGGGUCUCUCCGCGGCACUGACGGCUACUCAGCUGACCACCUCACCACCUGAUCCACCAGACUCCGCCUGCCGUCGAGUCUUCGCCAUAGCAGAGCUCGCCGAACAGAUCCUCCUCAACCUCCCAGCACGCGACCUGCUCACCAAAGCACAGCGAGUCUCUCACCACUGGCGCACCAACAUACAAGCCUCAUCUCCGAUCCAGCAAGCACUCUUUCUCAAGCCAAUCAACUGCACACCACUCGCUUUCCGCAUCACAGGCACCAAGAAGCUGCUGGCGCGCUACAACCCCAAUGGAGUCUGGACAGCUUCUCCACACCAUCAAGAUCUUGUCGCACCAUACGGCAAUCCAUUCGUCGACGCAAAAACCAGCAAUGGAGAAGCGAUGAUGCGGCCAGAAGCAUCGUGGCGCCGAAUGCUGGUUACGCAGCCCCCGAUCGCAAGUUGUAACGUGCAAGCAGUGGAGGGCACCGGUUUGAUACGAACACCACAGGGUACUAUUGGGCAAGUAGUGGAGGGCGCUGGUAUGGUACGCACACAGCAUGACGCGUUUGGGGAGAGUAAUGGCGUUCGAUUGAGGCAGCUCGCAAACGAACACGAUCUUCUUGAUGGAAACUGGUGCUGGAAGAACGUGGAGGGCUGGUUCUACUGGAAGAACUGUCGGUGGGAUAUGGUCUCCGCUAGGGGGUUUCUGAGGAGGGUGAAUAGUGGCAUGAAGCAUGGCGUGUGA